UCUUUGCUACAACACAAAUUAAUAACACUUCCUUUCUUAAUCAUUUGUGUUUAUAUAUCUCUCAACCAAAUAUAUCUUUUUAUAUAUUCUGUGUGUUCAAAGUAAAAAAGAAAAUGGAGUUUAAUAAGCAUGAGAAACAACUAUAUACUGUAGUUGGUUUUCUGGUGCUCUUUCCUGUAUUAUGUGCAUCAACGUUUACAGCCUCAAGAGCCACCUAUUAUGGCACCCCGGAUGGCUACGGUACUCCAAGUGGAGCUUGUGGAUUUGGCGAAUAUGGAAGGACUGUCAAUAAUGGCUAUGUAUCAGCUGUUUCUAGGGCACUCUACAAGGAUGGUGCUGGUUGUGGUGCAUGUUAUCAGGUUAGGUGCAAGAACCCUCAUCUUUGUACCUAUGAUGGGGUGAAUAUAGUAGUGACUGACUACGGGGAAGGAGAUAGAACUGACUUCAUUCUUAGCCCAAGAGCUUUCUCAAAGCUAGCUCUUCCAAAUUUAGAUAAAAAGUUGAUGAGUUAUGGUGUUGUUGAAGUUGAAUACAAAAGGAUCUCUUGCAAUUAUUACCCAACUCAUCAUAUUAAUAAUAGUAUCAUCACGUACAAGAUCAGUGAACACAGCAAUUAUCCAUACUAUUUGGCUUUAACCAUUUUACAUGUAAGCGGCAAAAACGACAACACAGCAGUUGAAUUGUGGCAAAAGGAGACAAACCAAUGGAAGGCCAUGCGUAGAGUGUAUGGAGCAGUUUGGGACAUGGCAAAUCCACCAAGGGGACCCAUCACAUUGAGGUUUCAAGCUACAACUAAUUUAGGGUACACUUAUUGGGUUUACUCUACCAAUGCCAUACCCAAACUUUGGAAGGCCGGGGCUGCUUAUCAAGCCAAAGUUAAGCUCAUUAUCGCUAAAUAAAAUUAAUAUCCAUACAAGAAUUAAUUGCUUAUUAGAUUGAUAUAUCUCUUCACUACGUACGUACUAAUUAAGUUCUAGUUAAUAUAUAGAUGUGUAGAGAAUAAGUAAUUAUGAAAUUUGUGUGUUUCGUUUACGUAUGUUUUAUUAUUAGAUGUUGUUUUCCUUUUCAAUGCUUUAAAAGAUAAUAAUGGGUCCAUUGGACUUUGUAUGUACUAGAGAUUGCAUCAUCAAUAAAAGUUUGUGUAUUUUGUUAUUAUAUUAUAUAAGUUUUUGCUACUAGGCA